CCUUUGGGUGUGCAUGGCGCGGGGCGGAGGGCGCAGAGAGGAGCUAGGAAAUACAGCUGACAGCAUAACCAUGUCUGGUAAAUAGCUCGGGUUGGUGGAACCCGAAUCACUUGGUCUGCCGGGCCGCAUUCGCUUCUCUGGCACCGAAUAAAAUCAGCUCUGGGGCAGAAAGGAGCUGUCCCCCUUAGCCUGAGCUGUGGGCUGCCGCAAAAACUCUUAAGUUUAGGAGGAAGCUGAGAUCUGGGGCAACAGCGGGGAGCAACCUACUCCCAACCCCCAGAGUUCAGGUUCCUAUUUUUUCGGGUGGAAACGGAGCCUCCUCUGUCCUUUGGCGGGCAAAAACUCAGGCUGCACUCGGACCCUCAGCGGGAGCCGACCGCGUUGGACAGGAAGGGGUUAAGGUGGCGCUCUAGCUGGCCGCCAGCUGGAGGGUCGGGCCCGCCUCUCACAGCCCAGCGCCUCGCGGAGCGUGCCCGCGCCGGGCGAUCCUGGCUGGAGCCCCCGGUGACGGGGAAAGGGCUGAGACCCCUCCCCGCCCUGCGGCCAGCUGGCUUGGGCCGGCAGGGGGCCAGCCAGGAAGCCAGCUUCCUCCUAGCUCCCCCUUUCGCUGCUGCCAAACAGCCUCACAGCCAAGCAGGCUGAGUGUUUGUUCUGCGCUCCUGCCGCGGAGAUGUGAGGGGUUUUCUCUUGGGGAGAAAUCAGUGGUCCAGCGACUGCCUGGCUCAAAUGCCACCCAGCUCAGAAGGAGGCCUGCGGCCCAGGGAUCCCGGAGGGAGAGCAACGUCACACCUCCUGAGGACAGCCUGGAGGACUCUGGCAUUUGCUGAGCUGUGCAUCUUGCCUCCAUCCUUCCAAAGCCUCCUGACCCAGGCAGCACUGUUCUGGAGUCCCGCAUGCCCCUGGUCAGGCACCCCACUGCCCCUGCAGUCCAGUUCAGCCCAAGCGAGCUCACCUCCAGGACCUGGAGCCUGUCCUACUGCUCAGAAUGACUCACCAUUAUUUCUAGCUCAAGUGAGAAGACACGAUGGGGAGUUGGGCUGCCUAUUUGUGCAUCUAGGAUUCCCCAGCAUCUGAUCAGUUCUGUGAGGAAGAGAGCCUCAGGUUCCUGCCUGGCCAGCCAAGCGAGGCUGUCUCUCCAGCUGUCAAGAGAGCUGUGGGGCUCUCCUGUGCAGGAGUUCAGGCCAAUGCUACUGCGUUUCCUGGGGCCUUUAGCAGCAUCCUGAGCCCCACUGCCACCAGGCGGCUGGAAGGCAUAGUGUGAAGCUCUCCUCUCAGCCCUAAUUAUGACAGUGGCCACCGGAGACCCAGCAGAUGAGGCUGCUGCCCUCCCUGGGCAUCCACAGGACACCUAUGACCCAGAGGCAGACCAUGAGUGCUGUGAAAGGGUGGUGAUCAACAUCUCAGGGCUUCGGUUUGAAACCCAGCUCAAGACCUUAGCGCAGUUUCCAGAGACCCUCUUAGGGGAUCCCAAGAAGCGAAUGAGGUACUUUGAUCCCCUCCGGAAUGAGUACUUUUUCGAUCGCAACCGCCCUAGCUUUGAUGCCAUUUUGUACUACUACCAGUCUGGGGGCCGGCUGAGGCGACCGGUGAAUGUGCCCUUAGAUAUAUUCUCGGAAGAAAUCCGGUUUUAUGAACUGGGAGAAGAAGCUAUGGAGAUGUUUCGGGAGGAUGAAGGCUACAUCAAGGAGGAAGAGCGUCCUCUGCCAGAAAAUGAGUUCCAGAGACAGGUGUGGCUUCUCUUUGAAUAUCCAGAGAGCUCAGGGCCUGCCAGGAUUAUAGCCAUUGUAUCUGUCAUGGUGAUUCUGAUCUCAAUUGUCAGCUUCUGUCUGGAAACAUUGCCUAUCUUCCGGGAUGAGAAUGAAGACAUGCAUGGUGGUGGGGUGACCUUCCACACCUACUCCAAUAGCACCAUGGGGUAUCAGCAAUCCACUUCCUUCACUGACCCUUUCUUCAUUGUAGAGACUCUCUGCAUCAUCUGGUUCUCCUUUGAGUUUUUGGUGAGGUUCUUUGCCUGUCCCAGCAAAGCCGGCUUCUUCACCAACAUCAUGAACAUCAUUGACAUUGUGGCCAUUAUCCCCUACUUCAUCACCCUGGGGACAGAGCUGGCUGAGAAGCCAGAGGAUGCCCAACAAGGCCAGCAGGCCAUGUCACUGGCCAUCCUUCGUGUCAUCCGGUUGGUAAGAGUCUUUAGGAUUUUCAAGUUGUCCAGACACUCGAAAGGUCUCCAGAUUCUAGGUCAGACCCUCAAAGCCAGCAUGAGAGAAUUGGGCCUCCUGAUAUUCUUCCUUUUCAUUGGGGUCAUCCUUUUCUCUAGUGCUGUCUAUUUUGCAGAAGCUGAUGAGCGAGAGUCCCAGUUCCCCAGCAUCCCAGAUGCCUUCUGGUGGGCAGUCGUCUCCAUGACAACUGUAGGCUAUGGAGACAUGGUGCCAACUACCAUUGGGGGAAAGAUAGUGGGUUCGCUGUGCGCAAUUGCAGGUGUGUUAACCAUUGCCUUACCAGUCCCUGUCAUAGUGUCCAAUUUCAACUACUUCUACCACCGGGAGACCGAGGGAGAGGAGCAGGCCCAGUACUUACAAGUUACAAGCUGUCCAAAGAUCCCUUCCUCCCCUGACCUGAAGAAAAGUAGAAGUGCCUCUACUAUUAGUAAGUCUGAUUACAUGGAGAUCCAGGAGGGAGUAAACAACAGUAAUGAGGACUUUAGAGAGGAAAACUUGAAAACAGCCAACUGCACCUUGGCUAACACAAACUAUGUGAAUAUUACCAAAAUGUUAACUGAUGUCUGAUUGAAGCCUAUUAACAUAAUCACAGCUCAAUGGAACUAAUACAGAUGUUGCAUAAUAGCCUGUAUUGUAGUCAGUGUGUUCUACAGUGUGCAUCUGGUUCUGCAUGGAAAGCAAUAGUCGUGCAAGUGACUUUUGAUCUUUUGAUUUUUGAUUUAGAACACAGAGUAUCUAUCAUGGCUUUCAUGCAAAUCUUUAUAUUUGACUUAUGGGUUUCCAAAGAUGAGAGUUAUCUGUGGAACCAGGAUGUCAGAGACACAUUGAGGCCACUUCAUAUCCAAUACACAAUUUGCUAUAUCAGCACCACCUUGUCUUCCUGAUUAAACACACACAAGACCUCUCCCCUCACUACCACCCCACUUGAGCCCACCUGCCUCUGCACAAGGACACCAUCAUGGCUUAGUUUUAAAGCUCUGGUGAUUACUCAAAAGGUCAUUUCCAUUUUUGCAUUGAAAAGAACACACAGUCCUGUGUGUUGGAAUUACUUUUCUAUGUUACAGGCUGGGGUUUGUGAAUUGCAGUUGCCAAGUAGAUGCUUCGGAGCCUUGUGUUUCAUAACUGAAAAUGCUGCAUUCUGCUUUUUCUCUGCAGUGUCGAUGUGAGGGAAACCUGGGGGAGGGACAGUUAGUAUGACUGAAUAGGAGUUGUCAAGUUUCACAUUUGUUCCCUUAAGACCUACAAGGAGAAGCUACCCGAGCAAGGAACUGCUCAGCUUCACAUUUCAUCAUUUUUGCAAGCUACGGGGUCACGAAAACAUGUCUGAUUUCUUUAUUUACACUGGAGUUUGCAGGCACCUGCUUUCCUAAUGAUGUGGCCCAGCUACACUGACACUGCAGUGAAAUUUACCAGUGAUGCAAUUGAGCUGCAUGGGUGUUCAUUGCAUGAAUCUCAAUAUUUAAAACACAGGAGAUAUCCUAUUUUCUUAGUAGCCUAUACAGUAUUCAUAUUUAGAGUAUUAAUAGCCUUGGGAUAUCAUUGAACUAGGGUUUUUUCCCCAUCAGAAUGCAAAAGCCCUCCACCAGGAGAAAAAAUAGACUAUUUCGAAUAAGGAACCAAAACUCCUGGCCUUUCAGCCCACCCAUCUCUGUUCCUUCAGUGAGAGCACAGAAUCCAGUGCAGCAGAAAGAGCAGAAAAAGUAGAGUCUGGAUAUUCACAUGACUGCACCUUAGGAAUUAACUUAGUGAUGGGUGUGACUACACAGCUGACCAGGGCAUCCGUCUUGAGAACAGGCAGGUCUGUGUAUCCAGUGUAUAUAAAUACCUAUCGGGUCUCUCUGUCUCUGUCUGUCUGUCUCUAUUUCUCUCUGUCUGUCUAUCUCUCUCUCUCUUUCUCUCUUUGUCUUGUGUUCCUCUACCUAGCUAGCUAUAGAAAAAAUUGCAUUUGAACAUUAUAUAAGCUUAUGCAAUAUUUUUGACACAGGGCAAUUUAUGCAUGUGUUUAACUAUGUGCACUAGAAUAUAUAUAUAUAUAUAUAUGCAUAUGUGUGUAUAUGUACACACACACAUAUAUAUAUUCAUUCUCUGGAGUUCAGAUUCAGAAGCAAACCCAUUGCUCUAUGGGUUGGCUGUGUAAGAAGCCAAAUGGGUCUCACUAGUAACACCACUGGACCUGGGUUUGCUCUCUUGCCUCGGACACUCCAGUCUUCAUGGAUUCCUAGAUGUUAGAAUUGUCUUUCUGCCCUCCAUGUGCUGCAGCUUCAGUUUCCCAUGACUGAAGCUUGUCUUACUGAGUGCACAAGGGCCCUAUGGCCCUCACAGCUCCAGCUGUCCUGGGCCAGACCCACCCCAGGCCUCCUCUCUAAACUUCUUCCUGUUUCUCAUCUCCAUUCUCAUCAUUUCUUGUCCUAUUUUAUUUUCAGUAUCAUUUGGCUCUGCAUCCUUCAUUUUCAACAACCUGUCCCUAGAGAGCCAGAAUGGAUCCUCUGCUUUGUAACCAAGGAGUAGGGCUCCCUGGGACCAAAUUCCAUUGAUCUGGACUUAAAAGGGAGCCUCCUCUGUGUGGAAAUUUCUAAACUCCAGGACCAAGUGAUGAAGUCCUGAGAUGAUUCAAAGACAUCAGACUCAAACUCUUUCCCCAUUAAAUAGGCAACCAGAGAUCCUUUAAAAAAAAUAACCCCCAAAAUGGAUAAAGAAUUUCCCCCCACCCUCCAGAAUAGGUAAAGAAUGAAAGAGUACUGCUUAGCCUAGAAGUAGAGAACAGUUUGGUCCUAAGAUGGGUUGGGGGGCUCUUUGCCUUUGACAUAGUGGCUAAAUUUCCCAAACACAGAUAAUUACGGUGGUCAGGCUGUCCAGUGGUGGUGCCAGCACAGGCCUCACUGUUGGUUAGUUAGCACUUACAGUUGACUUGGGGGUGGGGCACCACCUCAGGGUGCUAGGCCCAGGGUGCUUAUUAGUUCCUGGUCACCCUCCUCCCCAGGUGUCUGCAGGGCAUCCCAUGCCCAGCACAAAGCCUCUGUGCUUCUUUUCCUCUCCCUCAUGGGAAGUGGUGCUGAAUCUCAAGACAUGGGAUAGACACAGACAUUUAGAAAAUAGAAGGUUAAAGCAACCUAUACUUGAGGCCUAGGUCAGGAGCUAGAUAUCAGAGCAUCCUUGGUCUGGGACUAUAAAAUGUUCACACACAUGCAAGCACAUCCAUCAUAAAGUAGAUGAUACAUUGUUGCCAUACACAAGUACAAAGCAUGCAGCAUACAUGCAAAAUACAGCUAAGUUAAUGUAAAAGGUAGACAUGAAAGAUAGAUGGUGAUAACUACAUGCAAAAUAUAUGCACUCAGCACAAACAUAGAAUGUACUUACCAACAGAACAUCCACAAAAGACCUGCAUACUCCAUAUACAAAUACACAACCUGAAACCCAGAUCAAAAAUACAUAAAACUAUGGAAAUGUGUACAAAAUACACAAAGGAUACUUUACUAUUUUUCUACACACAAACUCAGCAUAUACACACAAUGUACAUACUUAUACUAGGCACACAAAAUACAGCACACAUGUCCAAGAACAUACAAUGUACACAAAAUGCAGACAUAUAGUCACAUUGGUUUGCUUCCAGAUCUAUAAAUUAAUGGGCAUAAACAAAUGAUCACAUAAAAGAGCACUUUUUAGGGCCUUCAAUGAUACAAACAGCCCACUGCGGCAUGCGUGCCAUAGGUUUACCACCACUGCCCUAGCCCGAAUCAGUAUUCUUCAGUAUUCUCCAAGGAAUCACUUCCUCUAGUCUCUUAUUUUACCUCCUGAUUUCCAUCCUGAAAAGUAACCCCUGAAAUUUCAAGCAGAAUGAUGAUGGGCCACUACAUUGAGCAUAGGAAUCUCACACAGUUUCUACCUAUUCACCUUUCUUCUACCAGCACCAUGGGUGGAAGGUGUGGAAGGAUUUGGGGCAACUGGAAACCUAAUAGAGAUCUCUUUGCCAUGACCCUUCUUUCAAAGAGUCCACACAGACAGCUGAGUAACCCAGGCUUCCCAACUCCCAGCAUCCGGAAUUCCCCACAUUCUCUUCAAAGCAGUGACGACUUAAAAAAAAAAGCAGUGAUGACUUAAGAAACUGCAUGAUCCUGGGCCCCAAACCAGGAUAAAGAUGCUCCCAUGAAAGCGCUAAUAUUCCAAGUCCCUAACUUGAGUGUUCAUGUUGUUGCCCAGUGUAGGACUAGUUCUAUCUACUCUCUAGCUCUAGCUCUCAUUUUGGCCACCUUCCUCGUGGUUGGCCAUGAAGUAUCAGUGUUAACUCAUGUUGAAGGAAGUCAUUACCCUCUGAAAAGCCUCAGGCUUGGAGUUCAUUGCUGCCUGCAGUAGUGGAAAAGAGGUGGAGGCUGACCUCCCACUGAGGAAACUGCAGGACAGUGUGCAAACUGCAAAUGAAGGUGGUAUCAUUUCCACUUCGCUACCACCACCACCACUUCUCAUAGCAGUAAAGAAACCACUGUGCUUGGACUUUCUUUACCCAGGACAGAGCAUGAUGGCAGUGAGCCCUGCUCUCCAGGACUCCUCUGAGCCUACUGUCAUGCCAACCUGCAUGUGAAUGGUGGCUGACUUGUCUGUUAGAGCUGUGAUAUCUAGGUUUCUCCUGGGUUGCAGAAUGGAGGUUCCCCUGCCUUGAGGAAGUGUCCAUUGCCAGGUUUGAACUCUUGCCCUUGACCUCAGUAACAUUAGCUACUUGAGUCAACCAGCAGGGAUUGGAUGCUGGGAGCUGUCUCAGUAGCUAUUGUGGCUAUUACUGUAUCCUCAGGCUUGGCCUUGCCGAGUCUAGCCCUGUUCUGCCAAGACACAGCAAGCAGAGAUAGGAGGCGGGGGAUCUCUCAUAAACUGGGAUGAGUCUGUUCCUAAACCUAGUUCACCUUUUCCUUCUUUCUGCUUUCCUUCCCACCAAAGCUCAGCUCCAUCUUUCAUCAUUUGUGUUUGAUUAUUUUUAAAGAAGAAAAGUGCAAUAAAAUCAAUAGUGACUGUUUUCUUUAGCAAUAGCUCUUUCAAAAUCUUGCUCUCAGGACUGAAAAGUGAUAGAUAGUACUUGGAUUAUGAAGUCAUAUCCUUGACUUCUGGGUGUUCAUUCAUUCUCUCUAGUUCCUUCCUCCCACAUGUUCACAGGACUCCUGUCUCCUGAAGUCUGACCUCCUUCUGGAAUGGACAUAUAUGAGAUGGCAGUGCACACACAAGGAAGGCCCACGAGAAGGUGUUCUUUGUCACUCUGCUGCUUUCCUGUGUGCACCUUUGUCUCUGUGUGGCUCUGUGCCUCUUUCCCUCCCCUUUCUGCCCACUCUCACACAUCACCCUUGAAACCUCUAGGUACUGAAACCUUUACUUUGAGUGACCUCGUGCCAGCCCAUCUGGUCAACUUUGUGUCAGUCUGUCUGGCAGGGUGUAAUGGAAGCCUGCAGGAAAGCGCUUGCCAAUAGAUAAGAAUAAAGCAUCCUGAGCCAUUACGGGAGAUCGUGUCCAAGUACUAAAAGCCAUUACAUGACCCUUUUGCAGCCCUUCUUUCCCUCCCCAGAGAGAUGGAAACUGAGGGAAUGUGUUGGAAGGUUUGCGCCUGGGAUCUGUAGUAGCUUUGGCUGAUUUGGGAAUUACCCUCUGACUCUCCUUCACAAUAAGCUGACUUGUUCAGCCGCAAGACUUGAUGAGAAUUGUAGAGGGAGGCAGGUCCUUGUGGGUUUGGGUAGAGGUAUAGAAGCACAGAUGUUUGGGUGGUUAAGGCAUGACACUUGUACGAUAAAGCCCGUCCACCCACUGCAAUGUGCAGCUGCACAAACAUUUGCCAUAUCACCAUGGGCUUCUGAAGAGUCCCCUUUCCUGAAAUAUCUGUGAUGUUAAACAUUAAGGCUGGACAAUCAGGGAAGGCUGGCAAGCCCAGGGUCCCAUUCCAUUCUUUUUCAGUCUACCUUGCUCUACGCACAUAUCUACAACCAAACCUCAUUUAACCCACAGGGAAACCUCAGGGAAGGGAAUGUCCUGGCUGCUUUGCAAUUCUGGUUAUUUGAGUGAGAAUGGGAAAAUGUGUAGUUCAGCUUUUGUUCGUUACUGAAAAGUAAUAUUUCCUAAGUAGGUUAGUAUAAACUCUCCUGCCUUAGUAAGUAGAGCGUUUGAAGAUGACAGACCUUGCUUUGCUCAGGGUCAACCUUCUAAACCUCAGUGCUCAAUGUACAGAAAUGGAGAUGAAGCAGACCAAAGAGACAGGCUGAAUGAUGCUGGCUUCAAAACAGACCUGGAAAUGGUCAGUUGGGCACAUCUUGACUUAUCAGAUAAUGCUCUUGCUGUCAUGUGCCUCUUUCUACUGAAAGUACAGUAAGAAUGCAUAAUUUUUGUCCAUUAAGGUUUUGGUUAAUUGGUCCUGAGUUAUUGGAGGUUUUCCAUAUAUACAUAUAUCUGUGUGUAUAUAUAUAUAUAUGUAUAAUACAUGUAUGCCAUUAUUUUUAAAACUAUACAAAUAUACAUUCUCCCAUCUCCUUAAAUGUGGAAUAAAUUUGACAAUCCAAGAAAUGAGCUGCAUUUAUUUGAAUUUUUUUUAAAUGACCUUCCUUUGCAUUUUUCCACCUCUCCAGUUUUUCUCUUUUUCUUCUUAGGGACCUCUCUGGAAGGCAGUUCUUUCAUAACAAAAGAAUAGGUUCCAGGAUCACCUCUUUCGUUUCCCUCCCAGGUAACAGCCUGACUCAGGGAUAAAAGAGGAGUGUGAUCUAAGGACCAGGUGCUUUUUCUUUUAUCCUGUCUGCCCUGGUUGGCUGUAACCUCGUCACUGAGGACCAGAAAGGUUAUGCCAAAAUGUAGCUCUGGGGAAGUGAAAACCUUGAGACCUGGCAAAGGACUUACCUACUAAGCUUUUUCUUCUGCAGCUGUGGUGCCUAAGUUUGAAUUGUGCCAGUUCUGAAACUAACAUUUUAGAUUAAGCACUAAAGGUCAUAUCUGGCCCAUGGAAAGUGAGAUUUGUGGCAAUCAAUGGAACUGAAAAAAAAACAAAACACUCUGUUGUUGAUUCUUCAGAAAUCUAAGCAGAGGGUGUGGGCAUUAGAGCAACUGCAAUUCAGUUGCCUCUUUAGGGCUGAGCUGUAUAUAUCAUUCCACUCGAGGGGCUGGACUUGAGUGGAAACCUGCUCUCCUUCUACAUCUUGCCUGGCAGUGUAUUAGACUCAUGUGGAAUCAUUUCUCUCAACCUCACCUCCUGCAUUUGACUGGAUGGGGAAAAGAGGAAUGCUCACUGGUAUAUGAGGCAAUUGAUGUCGUGCAGAAGUGUCUGCCACCAACCCACACUUCCAGAAGCCCCCCAAACUGGUCAAGUUAGCCACAAUUGGGUAGUAGAAGCCUGUAACCAGACUUAGCAUUACCAACUGGUAAGCUAAGGCAAUUGAGGCAGCCUGCCUAGGUGGCCACUUUUUAAACUGCAUGAGCCUCAGCAUGGAAACUAAUACAACUUCCUGUGCUCUUAAAAUAGUCAGAUAUGUUCCAGAUGAGUUUGCAGCUGAGAAGUCCCUGCAUCAUUCCACUGACGGAUGCACAGGGCAGGUGUGAUUACAUAAUAAUGUGGACAGCUGCUGCAACAUCUAGAUAAUUGAGGGCAGUGUAGUUGUGACUGUGUUCUAGGACCUUUGGUAGCUACCCAGAGGACUAAGUCCUAUGUCUUUUAGUCCUUGUGAGAGGUCUCUAAGCCCCACUUCUCCUUGAAAAUGACUCUCUAGACACUGGUGGCUUGUUUAUAUGAAUACAUAAAUACUCUAAGCUGCCAGAGAACAUGAGAGAAGGAGCUGGGAGAUAGAAUACUCAGGGGCUCAUUUUGGUACCAGACAACUUCUCUUUGUCAGCUGCUGACAUUUCUGCCUUUGAGCUUAAUGAAGUGUAAGGCAAAGAUUUUUGACCUGUCAGGUGGGUCUAGAAAGGAGCAAACCAGCUCCAGGCUAAGACCCGGGUAGAAAAGCAAGAAGAGGCCUGGCUGGUUUUGGCAAGGGUGAGUCUCAGAUCCUGAGAGUUUGAACAUGCUCUAUGCUUGCCCCAGUUCUCCCUUCACGUGGGAUCCAGCGACCCAGUUUCCUUUUGUUGUCGUGCUUCAAUGGUUCCUUCAUUUGAAGGGCUCCAGGAAGCUAGAAAGUCCCAUGAUUGAGCUCCAGCCUGCUGAGCAAACAAUGCCCCAGCUAAAUUGGCUUCUUCCUGGGUUUCUGCAUCCCUGCACCCUUCUCUCUGCACUGAGGGUAAUCUUGAAACAGUUGGGAUUAAUGGUGCCAGCAAUCAAGGAGGAUUCUCUAGUUUCUGUUAGGGACAUAGCUGUCAAGCUCAUGAGUAGGAGAUGCUGUUUCCUUUUCCAGACCUGUGUACAUAUGUGCUUAUAUAGGCUACCUCUAGAGAUUUUAUAUAUAGAUAUCUAUAUCUAUAGAUAAAUAUAUAAAAUCUGGAAAUGGCCGCUCACUUAGGCUCAUGCAGCACAGAUUAAUUAGAGUUUUCGCUAGCUUCCUUGCUGCUCAUGCAUGACUCUGCAGCUGCCCUCCCAUGUCCUGUCUCUAAUAAUUGCUGAAAUACAAAGAGGAAGAGAAAGAUAAAUAAGCCUCCUUGGGAUCAAUCGGAGAAGGAAUUCCAAGGCUGAUGGCAAAGCUUCAUAAGGAUGAUGCCGAAACGGAACUGGGGUCUCCAUGGUGAUAAGAGACUGAGGACCAAUGGGAGCUGAAGGCGGAGCAGGACUGUGGGGAGGACUCAUGGGAGUUGGGAGUCAUUUAACUAUUUGUUUGCUUCGUGAAAAUUUAGACACCAGCUGUAACUGGAUUGCACAGGCUGUAUAGAUAUUAUCAUUCUUGCUGACAUAUUCUGGAAGCUUUCAGCCCCAACACUGCCCCACCCAGGACUUCUGCAGCUGAGAGUUCCUGUGUCAGUAGGGUCUGAUAUUUGUACAUAGGUUAUACAUAUAUGUGUACAUAUGUGCCUCAAUGAGCAUUACCUGUCCACCUGAUCAUGGGUGUACACUGACUUCAUAAAACUCCACAGUCUUUUGUAAAUAUUGACACAAGUAAAUAAGUAUAUAAAUUAUAUUAUUGAGGAUUUAUUUUAACAUCAUUCUGUGUGAAAUGAAAAAUAAAAUAAAAUUUUUGAC